AUGUCUGCUCCGUCACCCAAGCUGGAUCCUCCUGGGAAGUCAUUGUCUUGGACUGAGAGCGCAGUCCUGUACGCUGGCUUUAGGGCCUACUUCUGGUUCCUGGUGCUGAUGAGGGGGAUGGUUGGAAUCGGAGAGGCCAGUUACUCCACCAUCGCCCCCACCAUCAUCGGAGAUCUGUUCACUGGGACCAGGAGGAGCAUCAUGAUCUCUGCAUUCUACAUCUUCAUCCCAGUAGGAAGUGGCCUCGGGUACAUAACAGGAGCAUCGGUUGCGACUCUGACAGGCGACUGGCGCUGGGCUCUGAGGAUCACCCCCAUCUUAGGCCUCGUUGGACUGGUGUUGUUCAUCUGUUUCUGCCCAAACCCGCCCAGAGGAGCUGCAGAAACCCACGGACAUGGAAUGAGCGCACACACCUCGUACCUGGACGACGUCAAGUAUCUGCUGCGAAAUAAAAGCUUCGUGGGUUCCACUCUGGGUGUGACAGCCAUGGCCUUCGUCCUGGGAGCGCUGGCGUUCUGGACUCCCACCUUCCUGUUCAGAGCUCAGGUCAUUCAGGGACUCAAAUCCCCGUGCACCGCCGAGCCCUGCAACAGCACAGACAGUUACAUCUUCGGUGCUGUGACGGUGGUUACGGGUAUUUUAGGAGUUUGCAUCGGUGCCGGUUUAUCCAGAUUUUUCCGGAACCGGGUCCCAUAUGCGGACCCGGUCAUCUGCGCUGUGGGCAUGUUGGGAUCGGCUCCCUGCCUCUUCGCCACCAUCUUUGUGGCCUCGUCAAGCAUCCCAGCGACUUACGUCUUCAUUUUCCUCACAGAGAUCCUCUUAUCCAUGAACUGGCCCAUUCUGGCUGACAUACUGCUGUACGUUGUCAUCCCGACCAGAAGGGCCACGGCCGAGGCCCUUCAGAUCACCGUGGGCCAUCUCCUGGGGGAUGCUGGGAGUCCGUAUCUGUUAGGAGUGAUCUCGGACUCCAUCCAGAAGUCUCAGCCUGAAUCCCAUGAGUGGAGCUUCCUGAGUCUGAAGUACAGCUUCCUGCUCUGCCCGUUCGUCGACCUCCUGGGGGGCGUGUUUUUCCUGCUGACCGCCUGUUACAUCACUGCAGACAAGGAGGCAGCGCUGCAACUGGUGCAAG